AUGUUAUUGUAUAUAACUUCUCUCAAUGUCAACUUCUUCUUACCAGAGAGUAUUUUCUGGACAACAUCACUCACCUCCGUAAUGUCGCUGCUGUCAUUACUCUUCGACUGCUUUUUGAAACUAGCAAGACCAAAUAAAUACACACAGGUAGGAGGAAUGCAUCUAAUGUUUUAUAUUUUGUAAUAUUUUCAUGCUAACUUAAUAAGAGUAAAUUUAACCCGCACAUGAACUAAAAUAUCCAAUAGGUGUGUCAAAUUUUAGCCUAAUGAGUGGGUAUGUUUCAUGUACAUAAAAGUAGUAUCAAAAGUAUAAGUCAGACUAAAAUGGGCCAAAAUUGGCUGCAGUGGGAUUUUAAAAUUUUUGUAUAAGCACAAACCAUUUGCAUUUUUUUUAAAAACAAAGUACAGUGCCAUCUUAACAAACUAGGCUAACAUGGGUACUGCCCAGGGCCCCCAAAAUGCUUAAACUAUGUAUACUUUAUUAUGUUAGAGACUAAUAUGGGGAGGGGGAAUGCAUUUCUUUACCCAGGGGCCCCUUUGCUGUUAAGACAGCACUAACAAGGCAUGUUGAUAUGUUUCCUUGGAGUACUUUUUACUGAGACUAUUUUAAUUUUCUGAAACAUUUUUAGUACCAGUAUUAUGUUUUAUGAGCAGACAUUUUAUACCAAUCUUAUAUAUAAAAUGCCAAAAGCAAAAUAAGCAAAAGAGAGCAUAUUUAUGAGUCAGCCCUAAUUAUAAUUUGCACACACCAUCCCACCCAACCCCCUUGAUUAAUACUUUCUGCUGUUAAAUUCGACCUAGAAAGAAAUACACAGUGAAAAUGAUAAAUUAAGGAACAUCUUUAUCAAUGUUCCAAAACAUCUCAUGGGCAGCACUUUUUGGCAGUCCUUGAAAACCAGUGCCUGUUCAAAGAAAUCUUUCUAGGAGUGCAAGAACACAUAAUUAUAUUAAAUCAUUUUAUUAUAUAUGUACUUUGUCAUAUUUUAAAAUGAAAUUAUACGCAUAAAAUUUUCUGUUUUCAGGUACACAAAGACACAGUUAUAUCAAUAAUGCUGCUCAUUUGGAACAUGUCCUUUGUAAUCGGGUUCCUGCCCCUUGUAGGGUGGAACAAUAAGGAUUAUACGGCUCGUUUCUUUAAUUUCUUUCCAUGGCCAUACCUACUUUUUAUUGCUUCUCUAAUUAGUGGAUGCUUUAUAGCGUGCAUUGCAUUUAUGUUUUUGCUGACAAAAGUUUUUAAUUUAUUAAAGGCUUCUGGUCCUGAUCAUUCGUUAGAACGACCUUUUGAGUUGCAAAAGCGUCACCAUAUACAGUUUACUAUCGUAGCUGAUUUUGUCAUGUGGCUAAUGUGCUAUCUCCCAUUUUUCUUGUACAUUGGUCUCACCUGUCCACAGUGCCUCAUUUCUGACUACGCACAACGAGACACAACAAUCCUAUACUUCAUACCAGUAUUUACCCUCAAGUCUCUGCUCAGUUCAGCUCUACAGGCUUUCCGAACAAUAAAGAUU